AUGAAAGAUAACUGUGCUGGAGCUAGAAAUGAGGAAGGCACUUCUAAAGAAGGUUGUGAAAUCCAAGUAACUGCUACGUGUUUUCAGCGAGAUUCUUAUAAGGAUGAAGUUAUCGUAUAUUUAUAUAUUAUUAUAACAAGUGGUCUACUCCUUACAGCUCUUACGAAAACUUAUAUAGAAAAAUGGUGGAAGAAAAUAAAUUCACCAUACGUUUAUUCUUCAAUGCAAAAUAGUUAA